GCGCCGCGAGCCGGGCUGGCGUUGGCGGUCCGGUCAUGUCUCUGCCGCUGCUGCCCGGCUUCUCCGUCGGCCGGAACUUAGGGAAAGAAAAGUUCCACAAAUCGCAGCACUGGGGCUACUGCAAUAAUGUUGCUAUGCUGCUUGCAGAAGAUAAACCUGGAAUAGGAGGUGAACCAUUACCUGGACAGAAGCUGAAACCUAAAUCCAGCGUGUUUCCUGCAGAGCUUGGAUGUGGUGCUCCUGCCUGGAUAGCAUUUGACAAGCAGGUACUGUCUUUUGAUGCCUAUUUUGAGGAAGAAGUGCCAGAUAAAAAUCAAGAACUAUAUAGAAUAAGACACUGUAAAAUAUACUUCUACCUUGAAGAUGAUACAAUUCAAGUGGUUGAACCCCAAAUGAAAAAUAGCGGCAUAAUUCAAGGAACUAUUGUUCGACGUCAUCGGAUUCCACUUCCAUCUCCUAAUGAAGAUCAGUUCUAUACUAUAGAUCAUUUCAAUAUCAACACUGAAGUAAUCUUUUAUGCUCGAAGAUACAAGAUUAUAGAUUGUGACCAGUUCACAAAAAAUUUCUUGAGGAAGAUGGGAUUUAAAUUAAAUCCUCCAGGAAAUUGUCCAGAUGACCCAUAUACCAAAGAGCGGCAAAAGAUCCUAGAUAGCAUGAACCCAUUGCGCCCUUAUGAGCGCAUUGACACUUUGAAACAAUUUCUGGAGCAUGAUGGGCAUGUUUUACGCUUUUAUUGCGUGUGGGAUGAUCCAGAAUCCCUGUUUCAUGACCCACGGGAGCUCGUUCUGCACUAUUAUUUGUCUGAUGAUACUAUUGAUAUAAAAGAAGUUAUACCGGUAAACUCAGGCCGGGAUGUAGUUCCACUUUUUCUCAGAAGAGAUAAGCUUCCAAAGUAUGCUCCAACUGGUUUGUAUCAGCCAGGCACAAUCACCAGUCGCACUGUUCUCAAUGUAUUUGGAAAUUUAGUAGGAAAUAGAGGCCGUUACAUUCUGGACAAUCGUAAGACAGGAGCAGUGCAUCAGGAAUUUUACAGAGACAGCGACCUGAAAAUAGGGGCAGUAAUUAAUGUUUGGGGAAGGCAGAUAAUGCUGUGUGAUUGUGAUGAAUUCACUAAAGAUUAUUACAGGACAAAAUAUGGAAUUGAGGAUUUCACCCCAGUUCCAUAUAAAGCUCCAUCACCUCCAAAAGCAGAAAAACCUAUUCCACCAUAUACUGGAUUUGGUUCUGAAGAGGAUUCCCUGUGCUCCUGCAUGAGUUUGCUUCCCAAGCCUCCCCAAAAAGAUAUCAAGAAAUUCAUGGAAAAAGACAGAUGUGGUCUUGAAAGUAACACACUGCGCUUUCUUGCGAAACUUGCUACUGAAAAUCCUAUUGACAAGGAUCGGAAAUUCAUUAUUUGUUACUUCCUGAGUGAUGAUACUAUUUCUGUUUUUGAACAUACACAGCGGAACACAGGGAUACUUGGUGGGAAGUUCUUGGAAAGAAGUCGCAUUAAAAAGCCUGGGCAGGAGCUCUUUAAGAGUGAACCAUCUGAAUACUUCAAGGCUCAGGAUCUGUUUAUUGGAGCCAGAGUUUGUUUCCAUGGCCACAACUUUCUUUUGGUGGAUGCUGAUGAGUACACUAUCAACUAUAUGGAGAAGCAUGCAAAUGAGUUCGCUGUGGCUGAUACUGGUUUCAUCUUCAAGAAACUGAAAGAUAUAGCUGAACCUCGUUCCCGAGAAAUCAGACAGGUGUUUGCAGCUGCUGACCCUCAGCAUACCAAGGUGAUAGAGUAUGACCCUUUCAGAAAUUUGAUAGUCAGUAUCACAGACGGAGCGUUUUCAGAGCAUGAGAUUAUGACUCUUGGACGCCAUUACAGAGAGAAAGAAGAAUAUGAAAUGGACCACUACUUCCUCCUUGCAAAAGCUCAAGAACAACUAAAGAAAAAUACUUUUGAGAAUUUUGAACAACUAUCUGUAGUACUUGCGUACAAUGACCAUGAAAAAUGCGGAAUGUUACCCUCUGAGAGCUGCAGGACUGUUUGCAAGUCCUUCAAGUUGCCAUUGUCUGAUGAUCUUCUACAAACUAUACUGACCAUGUUUGAAGAUGACCAUAAGCAAGUGGAAUAUAAAAAGUUUGUGGAUGCAGUGAACUGGAGAGAGAAUCAAAUCCCUGCUUUCCAGACAAUAAAGCUUCCUCCUCAGAAUGAAGAUGACUGGAACGGACAGCCACCAUUCCUUCCCGUGAAAAGAAUCAAAUACUUGCUUCUCCUGGAUGACCUGUUUGGCAAAGAAGAAUGAUCCAAACUGUGAAAGUCACUGUUUUUGUAUUAGUGUUUCUGCUCCAACACUAACUUAGAUAUUGAAGACCUGUCAGGUUAAACAAAAAGAAGACAGAUGCAGGUUUUAUUACAUUUCUUACUUAAGCAUAUAUAUGUACUUUGUGUUUUUUUAACUCCUAAAUCAACAGUACUCUUUAAUGCUUAUGUGAGCACAAUUAAAACUAUAAUCAGAUGGUCAGAUGGAGAAUGUACAAGCAGCAGCAAUUGCUUGAGUCAAAUACAGCAAAAUCAGACUGACCUUACUUUGUUCUGCUGACAGAGGAUGUUGUUGGAUGACCUCUUGUAAUAUUAAGUCAGAUAGAAUUGGCUCAGUAAGAUAAUUCUCUUUACACUUCGUCUGUUGCUUUUUAUCUUCUGUCUGUUUUUUUGCUAUACCCAUAUAGUAAUACUUAAGUGCUAUGCGUGUCGAAGUUUGUUAUUUUACAGAGGAAGUAGUUGCAAGAUUUUAGAACAAUGUCAGUUUGCUCUGGUGUGGGUGAUAAUUAUAACCUUGUAACAUAGAAGUAAAUUUCUUGCAGGCCAUGUACAAAAGCUAUCAACUCUUGGUUUUUGUUUUAGAUGCAACUCAGAUUGGUAAGUGCUCAGUUUUACUCAGGUAAGGCAUGAAUGAAGAAAAGAUAUUCUGGUUCCAUCUUAGUGAACUUCUUUCUUAUUGUGGCACUGAACUUGUCCUUUGAAAAUUGAUACCUUUCUCUUUGUUCAAAAUGGUGGUAACUAAGUGGAGCUCCUGUUAGCCUUUUUGUAUUUUUAAGCUUGUGUCAGCUCAAAGCCACGGUUAGAUCUCAACUUAAUGUAUGAGUUUGUGAGAAAAGGAAUUACUUCUAUUUAAAGGAUGCAAGAGCUGUGGUAAAGGGAGGAGCUGACUCAUCCACAGUGACUCUAUGGUGAAGGGAUUUGGUGUGAGUCUGCUGCUGAGAAGCUCACACAGUCAGUAGACUGAGAACCCUGUGCAUUCUGUAAUCCAAAAUUGCAAUUUGAUGAGAAAGCUUGAUGCAAAAGGAUGAGAAUUAAGCAUUUUAAAAUUCCCAGACUGAGAGAAAAACAGUAGUUCAAAGAAUAAUUUGAGUUUUUUUAAACUUAUUGAAGUACUCAAAAUUGUAGACAAGACUAUGUACUAUGUUUUAUUCCAAAAGAAGAAAAUAGUUUCUUACAUGACAAGAAAAUUAUCUCAUUGUGGGGAUUGUGUCAGGAGCCAAAACAGUAACAGAUUGCAUUUGGAACCGUUUGAUAAAAGCUGAAGCUUUUUAAACAUGGCAGCAAAACUGGGUUUGGCACUUUAAAUGAAUACAGUUGCCCUCAUAACUUUUUAAUGUGCCCAGUCUUCAUCAGGAUAUCUUUCAGUUGUUGAGAUCUUGUACAGAUGACAAUUUUGAAGGAAGAGAGUUUCCGAAGGUUGAAUUUGAACAUUUAAAACUUCCCAAGUAGCUUUUAGAGACAGGAAAUUUCCUUUAUAUGAAAAGGAAAAAGGUUAAAAAACAAACAAACAAAAGCAUAACAAAUGUCAUACCAUUUUGUGUACAAUCCCAUUUGUAGAUCUGAUCAAUCAUGGUCUGGUCAUGGUCGAGAAUGGUGACUGCAAACUGGAUCCUGUGCAGAGAAGAACUAGAAAAGUGGCCAAGAGAACAGAAAUGAAGAAGACAGAAGAAGUGUGGCUUAUUUAGGGAAACAAAAUGCAGGCUCCAGGAGAAUGUGGUUGCCAUUAGAGAAUUUGUUAUGGGUAUGUAAUACAAGCAAGGAAAAUAAUCAUUCAGUUCAAAACAUUCAGAAAAAGUAGGUAUGGUUAGCCAUAAAUUUAAACUGGACAGUAAAAGAUGGUUUCCAACCUUCUAAAACAAAAAGGGUCCAUAACAGGCUUCCAAGAGCAAAGAACCCAGUUAAUUUUACCAUUAAAGAUGGAUCAUCUGAUAAGUGUAAUUUUAGGAUAUAUUGCCUGUGAUACUGAGGACUAUUUCUGGUAUUGAAUGAUUCCCCCUCUGCAGAGCCCAUGGAAUGAGGAUUUUUUUUCUUUUAAAAGUAAUAUGGAAUUAUCUGAUUUCUGAUGUUUCAGUAUUUCCUAUUGGUACUCUGCAUAUUUUGUUCACACCAUUCUGAGUUUUGCUUCCCACUUCUUUUUCUCCUUUUUUCCAUGUAUUACUCAUAACUCCACUGAGCACAAAAGGAUCUCCCAGGAGCAGAGCAGACAGGGACUGAAAAAUAUUUUCAGUGCUUGUCACUGCGCUCACAGUGUGUCAUAUGCUGUGGUCUGCUGUGUUGUAAACACAUUUCAAAAGGUUUUAUUUUUUACAAGCAGCAGCGCUUCCAGAAGGAAAAGCUCCAGCCAAUGAGCAGUCCAAGAAUACUCUUUGUAUACUGUGACUUGCAGCGUAUGCUGCCCAGGAUAUUUCAACCUCUCCUCUAAUCCUGCCACCAGCUUCUCUCUUUUCACAUUGCUGAUGGGGGACCUGAAUGAAGACAAUACCACAAGAUAAUGUUUCAAGAUGGCAGGAGGCCACAGCUUUAAAGCAUGCAUUGCAUAAAGAGAAAGCAGCCCUCACAGUUGCCAUUAAUCUCAGCUCUCUAUCUCUGUAGGGGAGCCAAAGAUAUCUUCUUUCCACAAGUAUCUGAGCCUUCCAUGGCAGGAGCGAAGAGAUUCACAUUACAGUACUGCCUCCCCUUCUCCCUGCUGGGGUCUGCUGUGCGUUCAGUGUUAAUUUUCAUUUCCUGAACUUGGCAUUUGAGAAUAGAAGGCUUAAAGUUUUCUGCAAUAGCUGCUGCAGCAAGAACAGCAGUGAGGAUCUAUCCUUGCGUGCAGAUGGUGCACCGCUUAGCUUGCAACUUUGCGUCCAUUUUUGCCUGUGUCCAGUUAAGUACUUGCUCUGCUCAUCUGCAGGCAGGCUCCCACAAACGUGGUAGGCUCAAGCAGUCACAGACGAUUGAACUUACUGCUGAGAAAAAUAAAGUUCCUCCAGGUAAUAUUUUUCUGCGUCCUGCCUUUGCUGUAUUUUCCUAGGUAGAGCCAUUUGUGCCAAUGUCAGACAGAUCAAGUCUUUUUCAUUUACAUAAAUGAGAAGAUGUUGAAAGCUUCCUUCUGCAUUUGUUCCUUGUGUUGAUGGGAAUUAAUCCUACUUCACAGCAGGAAAGCUCUUCACAGAAAAAAAAACCUAGGCUGUUGAAUCCCAAGUCCACUCUGUGCCUUAGCACAGGAUACAGUUUUGUUGCUCAUUUUCCGUGGGCAAACUGCAGGGAUCCUAAUUCCACAAAAACAAAAGAAAAUAAAUAACAGAAGUUUUCAGUCACUUGGCAGCAGUCAGAGAACAGCAAUCCUUAUACAGCUAAUAAUAAUUUUUUGCCUCUUGCUUGCUGGACCCUUCUGCAUGUCCCCAUGGUUUGAGAGCAGCAAUUAACAAUUAGAAAAAAUGACCUGUGUUUCAACAUCUUAUACUCAGAUAAAGGUUAUUCAGUGAUGUGGAGAGAUGCAUUAGUUCUUUAAGCAAUAAUGUCCUGUACCCUCCACAGUAGUGUAUCCAUUGCAUACAUGUUUCUUCCUCUUGAGGUGGCUUAGCUCUUCUCUUCUGGCUCAGGUGCAAGUACAGAAAGCCCAAGGGCAAUGAGAAAGAAAAAGCAAUAACAUGUUUAGAAAGAAGUUACAAUUACCAGGAGGAAGAAAAUACUACACUCUGAGCUCAGUCUGAUUUUAAAAAUCAUUUUUAGGUUUUGGAGGUCAGAAUUUUAAAGGAAUUUUAGAACUAUCCUGGAAAAAAAAAAAAAUCAAACACUUCCUUAAAUUGCAAUUUUCUCUGAAUUAAUUUCUUAAUGUUGUUUGUAUCAGUUGGUUACUAAGGCCCAGGUGGAAGCUGAACUCUUUCCAGGCAAUGACCAGACAACCCAGAAAGGGCUGUGGGGGCACAUCCCUGUCCCUACCAGUUUCCAAUGUAAAGUUUAAAUCCAGUGAGGGAGUAUAAUCAAGAAGAGGAAGUUAAUACAGGCACAGUUUAUUAAAGAUAUAGAUUUUUAUAUAAACUCUUUCUCUGCACAUUUGAGUAUUUCUGAAUCAUCUGGAAGUUUUUCCUGGCAUGUAUUGUGCAUAAAUAAGCUAGCUGUCCUGGUCUGCCCUUCUGACAGGCCAUCUAUCCUCUUUGCUCUCUUCCUCCAACAGGCUAGUUUCAUAUUAAGACCUACAGUCAAAGAGAAGUGAAGGAGCUGAUUCAACUUAUCUGAUUCUGAUCCCAGACAGGCAGCAUGGGAGGAUGAUCUGUAACCGCCUAAAUUAAUUGCACAGCUUAAUAGUGCUUGAGAGAGCUCCCACUUUCAAAAAAAUCAGUUGGAAGAAGGUCACUGUCCUGAAAGCCAAAAGGAAGACCUUUUGCAGAGUGGCUACAGCGGAUGGGAUGCAGCCUUCUCUGUAUUAGUGUGAAGCAUACCCUCUUUCUCUUCUGCUGUCUCCAGUGCCAAUGUGCUGUAGCUCUCCUGAUUCCUUACUUGCCAGUGGAAGGGUAGGAGGCACUGACUUGCCCACAGGGAUGUCCAUUGGAAGCAUUUUAUCUUAACAGCCCCUUUCUUACACUGACAGCUAGGUGCAAAUGGCUGUGUUGCUGUUAGGUGAGAUUAAUUCCUUCCUUGGGUGUAGAUCAACACAAUUAGAGGAAUGCUGUCACCAGGCAUGGUGGCGCUACGUGGCCGCAGUGCAGUGACAGUGGUAUGUGUGGGAGGGCUGAGGAUGGUCCAGGUUGAGCUGGGCAGGUCAUGAACCCAUAUCCUUAAUACGCAUGUGAUCCAUCCUUUGGGCUGUUCUGUAUUUUAGACUGAUGGCUAUGCUUCACCUGAUCUCGCUGCCCACAGCUUGGUUCAGGCUUGGGAUGGUGGGUUUUGGUCAAAUUCCAGCUAGGCAAACAUAAAAACUUGGGUGGAUGUAAACGGAACCUGGAUUUCUCCUAUUAGAGCUCUCUGAGAAUCUGCUUUAGCAAAGCAUUUAAGUGUAUGUGUAAGUCUGUCCCUUUUGUAUAAAGAUAUUGAAGUGUGUGCAGAAGGCUUGCUAAAAUCAGUCAAAUGAAGCACUGGUGGGAACGCUUACUGACAAAGACAGUUUCCUCAUUUGAGUCAGUUAGGAAUUAAAUCACUGUAAUAAAAAAAUCCCCACCAGAUGAGAAGGUAGCAGUGAAAGGAGGCAAUAUAGAAUUGUCUGGACAUGUUUAUGCAGGCUAUAUAUUGUCUGUUGUUAUUGUAGUUCUUUUGCAAUAUAAGCUAGCAAUUAGCAAUUAAAUUCCCAUUAUGGGAUCAUGUUGGUGAUUGAGAUAAACUGUAAAUACGUAACUGUUUUAAACCUUUCUUUUAACUAACCUAAAUGCUACAGUACUUAUAUAAUUUGGAGAUAAUAUCCCCAUUAGUAGAGUUUAUGACUCAAUAAACAGCUCCCACAAGUUAAUAAAAAUCAAAACUGUAAACACCAAGACUAUUAAUGCAAUAGAAUUUCUGUGCCUCCCUCUUCUCUUGGUGGUCUAGAUAGAGCAAAGGGAAAUGCUAUCUCAGAAAAAAAACAUUUAUUCUGGCUGUAUAAAUAUAACUGAAUUGUCUUAAAACCCAUCUGGAAAUUUCCUAUCCUCCCCAUGUCCCAGGUGGUCUGGCAAGAGCGAUGCAUUCUGCUUUUGUCCGCAGGCAAGAGAAAGAGCUCCCAUUGGAAAUAAUUUACAUGAAAGGAUUGUGCAUAAAAGCACUGGUGGUAGCCUCACCCCGUCUCUCCCUUUUGGAGAUAUCUUCUGUGGAGUUAGCUUUCACUGUACUUUUAUAUUAGCAUUAUUAUUUUGUUUUUAAAGGAAAAGCAGCAUUAAAGUGCCUGGACUCACCAUUUUUGAACUUCUCUUCUGGCAUUAUUUUCCCCCAUUUUGACAGCUAAAUGAAUUCUGGGAGAGGACGCCUUUGUGCCUGGAGGUUAGUGCAAGCAGAGCUAUUGUAGCUCAAGGCUCUUUCCUUCUUCAGCUGAGGAAAAUUAUUAAUUAAGCCAUUUGCAAAAAAAAAACAUUUUUUUUUGUCUAAAAGAGCUUUAUUUUGCAGCGUGGUAGGGUGCCGUUCUGUUUGGCAAACAGUUACACAAUGAACCACAUUUAUCUGUUCCCUAAUUUUCCUGCUGAAGGACAUUUCUUCCUGUGUUAUUGAAAUCAUAUUGUCUGAAUGCAUCAAAAUAAAGCUUUUGCCCUCGA